GGUUUUACUUUUUUUAUGGUGAUUAAACAGGAUCGACCUGUUGAAAAGGAGAAGACUUCAGUCUGCAGGGGCAACGGGGAUCUGCUCUUUAUAACCACCAAAGUUCUUGGCACAGUCAAGUGGUUCAAUGUCAGAAAUGGAUAUGGCUUUAUCAACAGAAAUGAUACCAAAGAAGAUGUGUUUGUUCAUCAGACGGCGAUAAAGAAAAACAACCCACGGAAAUAUCUGCGCAGUGUUGGUGAUGGAGAGACUGUAGAAUUUGAUGUGGUCGAGGGAGAGAAGGGUGCAGAAGCAGCUAAUGUCACUGGUCCAGAUGGAGUUCCUGUAGAAGGCAGCCGCUAUGCUGCAGACCGGCGCCGCUAUCGACGUGGCUAUUUUGGCCGACGCCGUGGACCACCUCGAAGUGGUGUUGAGGGAGAAAUCAAGGAUGGGGUCACAGAAGGAGGACAACUUCAUCAACAAGUUCAUAGGAAUCCUACCUAUCGUCCCCGCUAUCGCAGAGGGCCCCCGCGUCCACGCCCUGCCCCAGUGGCUGGAGAGGCCGAAAACAAAGAGAACCAUCAUGAGGCCAAUGCUAUGAGUCAGCAGCCACUUCGCCGUGGGUAUAGGCGCCCAUACAACUACCGGCGUCGACCUCGUCCACCCAAUGCUCCAGCUCAGGAUGGGAAAGAGACAAAGGUGACUGAAACACCUGCUGAAAAUCCUGCUCCAGUGACCGAGCAGAGUGGUGCUGAGUAAUGUCCGGCUCCCAAGGCACCUUUACCAUCCCUCAGGUGUCCUAAAAUACAACUCAAAAGUAACACCAAAGAAACACUCAAGCAAUAAAUUGUCAACAGUGAUGGCAAAAGCAAAGAUUUGAAACAUCGGAACUUAAAAGAAAAAAAAUUACCAGCAGCUGAGAUCCAGGGAACGCCUGCAAGAUAGAUGCAUGAAGAGAGAAAAAGAGAGCGAGAUUCAGAAAGAGCAACCUCCCCAGUUCCAACAGCAACUGUGGGGAAUUUUUUUUUUUAGAAUUUCACUGUUUCACUAGUAUUGAAUUUUUCAAUUUUUCUUUUGGUAUCAAACAGAAAAGGGAAAAAAAAACCCAACCAAAGAACUGAAAUUGAAAUCAAAUGCUUUUUUUAUUGGAUGCUGGUGCUAAACCUCCCAGGUGUGAUGAGUUGUUUUUUUUUCUGUGCGAGUCCUGUACACUGCAGGACAUGGGGAGGAGAAACUUCCGCUUUCCUUGGUAAGAUCUAUUUGAAACUGUGCAGCAUGGGUGACGUUCCUCACAAAUAAAAGUGAUUUCAACUAC